AUGAGGCAGCAUCUCUUCUACACAUCGCUUCUGUCGACACUGCUCGCAGCACCGUCAUACGCUCUGCCCGGCUUCUUCUCCGAUGCAGAACGCGCCCAUUUCUCAUCAGACCUCAAACGCUCAAUAGACCCCGAAUCUCCAGCAGCAGUCAUGGCGAGACAAGCAGCCGACAGAUCCGGCCGCUGGCGGCCCCAAAUUCACUUCUCACCACCCGCCGAAUGGCUUAAUGACCCAAACGGCCUCUUUGUCGACUCGGACGGUGUCUGGCACAUGUACUACCAAUAUGCCGACAACGUCGCGGGCGAUGGCGUGAAGAACUGGGGCCACACGACGGCCACCGAAUUCUACAAUUGGGUUGACCAUCCUGUUGCCAUUCCCGCCACUGCGCGCGAUGGCUCCAUCUGGUCAGGAAGCGUCGUCGUCGACAAGAAUAACACGUCUGGCUUCUUCCCGUCUGACAAGACAAGCGGAAAGGACAACAUCAUUGCCUACUAUACCUCAUGGGAGCCUGAUCAGGAAUCCCAGCAUCUUGCAUGGUCAUACGAUGGCGGCGAGACUUUCAACCAGUACGAGAACAACCCGAUCAUUUCGCUCAACAGACAUGGAUUCCGCGACCCCAAGCCCUCGUUCCACCAUGAGACCAACACCUGGGUCAUGGUCCUUUCCCUCGAGAGUGAAGUCGCCUUCUACACCUCCACCAACUUGGUCAACUGGACGCAGUCAUCCGUCUGGAAUCCUCAGCGCAACAUUGGCCUCAUUGAGUGCCCCCAAUUCCUCCAGAUCCCCCGCAAGGACAAGUCUGGAAGCAUCGUGGGCGCCAAAUGGGUUCUGACUCUCAGCCUGGGAGGCGGCGGCCCGACUGGCGGUGCUGCAGUCAAGUACAUCACCGGCGAGUGGGACGGCACCACCUUCACCCCAGAUGUGCCCGCCAGCCUCGGCUCGCGGAGAGGAAUCUUCUCGCGCCAGGACACCUUCUCCAUCUACGACUUUGACUUUGGCCCUGAUAAGUACGCCACCGCCUUCUUCCAUUUCCAGAAUCUCAACGACGCCAACCAAGAUGCAUACUCCGUCUCAUGGGCGGUCGACGCUACGCUCUAUGGGUGCUGCACGCCGACCGACCAAGAGGGAUGGCGUCACUGCAUGGGUGGUGUGCGCCGCCACUGGCUGGACUCCAACACCAACCGACUCAUGUCAGCGCCGGCCGGCGACCUGUCCAAGCUCGUGAGCACGACGUCCGGCUGGAACCCCAUUCUUGACGAGAAGGACGUGUCGGGCAUUCAGGGCAGCAGCGCUGUCAUCCGCGACUACAACCCGGCCGUAGAGUGGACCUUGACCGUCAAGAUGGCCAAGUCUCUCCUCCAAGAAGGCUCGACGGCCUCAGCUCAGCUGGCCUUCCAGGGCUCUCAGUCCAACGGCACGGAGCAAGUCUCCCUCGGUUUCGACUUCACUGGCACAUCCAACAGCGGGGCACCCACCGCCAGCCUCAACAUUGGUCGCGCCAGCGCAGUGUGGGAUAGGUCCGGCACUUUUGGCGUCUCCAACGUCCAGGCCCUCGAGGCUGCCUCGAGCGAGGGCUCCAGCGGCAACGUCGAGUUCCAGCUGCACGGCAUUCUCGACCGCUCCGUCCUCGAGGUCUACGUCAACGGUGGCGUCGAGGCUGGCACCAUGCUCUACUUCACCGACAAGCCCCUCGACGGCAUCGUCCUCUCCCGCGGCACGGGGACCAACGACCAGGGCAUCACCUUUGACUUCAAGGCCGUCGCGCUCAAGAGCUCUUGGGGUUCGUACAGGGAGAACUCCGCCUUGCAGAGCACGCAGGACAAGUGGAGGACGGAGGAGCUGUGA